AUGUUUCAAAUAAACGGCUGGAAGUUGAAAAAUGACAAGAACAUAGCCUUGGGUGGAGUCAAAGAUAAGAAGAAAAAGAAGAAGAGUAAAAACAAGGAGGAGAGAAACGAGAAAGCUGGUGAUAGGGAUGAGCAUCAGACUGAUCCCCUUGACAAACACGACAAGCAGCAACCAGUCAAUCACGGUAGAGAUGACAAAUCAAAACAAGAAACCGACAGCGAAAGACCCUCAAAAGAGCCACUCAAAGACAAGAAGAAAAGGAAAAGAGAUACCACCAUCAACAACGAUGAAACAAACUCCAUCACCAACAAGAGAGCAAAAAUGCUUCAACGAGUGGCCUCAAGUACGAUAACCCCCAAAGCUGUAGUGGAGCCAGCACCACCAGUACCAGUGACCACCCAAACUAAGCUUACUCCAUUGCAACAGAAAAUGAUGGCUAAACUAUCAGGAUCUAGAUUUAGAUGGAUCAAUGAACAAUUGUACACAAUCACGUCAGAAGAAGCACUCAAACUCAUCAAAGAACAACCGUCUUUAUUUGAUGAAUACCACCAAGGUUUCAAAUCACAAGUUUCAAGUUGGCCUGAGAACCCGGUUGACGUGUUUGUUAAACAAUUUGAGACUCGAUUACUUACAAGAAACAUCAAUGCCCCCGGUGGAUUACCUGGUACAAGGGACAAGAAAAUUGUUGUCGCUGAUAUGGGAUGCGGUGAAGCUCAAUUCAGUGCCGAUGUUGCGAAAUUCGUCCAGCAACACAAGAAGAAAUACAAGAAAUACAAGAAUCUUGACGUUGAAAUCCAUAGUUUUGAUUUGAAAAAACAAAAUGAUAGGAUAACCGUUGCUGAUAUUAAAAAUGUGCCCAUGGAGGAUGAAUCAGCAACGAUUGUGAUUUUUUGUUUGGCUUUGAUGGGAACUAACUUCUUGGAUUUCGUCAAGGAAGCAUAUAGAAUUUUGCAACCACGGGGUGAAUUAUGGAUUGCUGAAAUCAAAUCGAGAUUUAGUGAAAAACAAAAUAACACCAAUAGAGGUAAUGACGAUUUUGAACAAGAUGAUGAUCCAGAGAAUAGCACUGUUGGUAAAGAGUUUGUUGAUACUUUAAAAUUAUGUGGGUUUUUCCAUAAACUGACUGAUAAUUCAAACAAAAUGUUUACUAGGUUUGAAUUUUUCAAACCGCCACAAGACAUUAUUGAUGAAAGAAGAGCCAAAUUGGAAAGGAAGAGAAAGUUUAUUGAAGAGGAGAGUGAGAAGGAAAAGUUGGAGAGUAAAAGAGAAGCCAAGCCUGAAGGGCAAUGGUUAUUGAAGCCAUGUAUUUACAAGAGAAGGUAG